AUGUCUGAUCCCAUUCCAUCGGCAACCGCUGACCCAGACUCCACCGAGAAACCUCUCCCCUCAAAUGCCGAAGAUCGCAAAGCCGCUGCCGCCCUCUCAUCCCUCCACACGAAUGAAAUUGCUUCGGAUGGUGGCUCCGCCGGGGCCCCGCUUACUGCAAACCAGGAAGCUCUCGGAAGAGCGAUGAGCAGACUGGAAAUAGCAUCUGGACAGAACUCGGGCAAGAAAUCGGCGGCUGGGGGUUCGAAGGCGGAUGUGGUCAAUAAGACGGCAGUUAAGGUCGCCCCAGCUGAUGUUACUCUGUUGGUGGAUCAGCUAGAUCUAAAUAAGAUCAAGGCUACGGAGUUGCUCAAAGCUCAUGAUGGGGAUGCUACCAAGGCGAUGAGAGCUUUCAUUGCCCCAUCUAUUCGGGCUUAA